AUGUCCAACCUAAACUUUAUUUGGGGCAGCUUUCGACUGUUGUCCUCAUGUCCUAUUGCUGGUUACGCGAGAGAAGAGACCAACCUCCAUCUGGGCGGGCCCCAAGGGCAGGAGGUCCCGCCCUCCCCUCCUCGGGGGCGGCAGCUCUGCCCGCCGGGCUGCGCGGCUGCCGAGGGGGAGAAGGAGGAAAGGCGGCUGCGUGUGCCAGCCCAGCUCCCUUUCCUUCCGGGUUGCUCCUGCAGCUGCUUCCUCCUCUUCCUCCUCCUCGUGCCCUGGGCCAUGGGGGCGGCUGCCGGCGGGGCCGCCCAUGACGGGGCUGUGGCGGCAGCGCCGCUGGACCCCAGGCUCGGGCUGUCCCUGCCGCGGGGGGCUGGGAGCUCUGCGGCAUCCCAGGACAAGCUCUUCUUAAUCAAAGGUGGAAUUUUUCUAGGUACUGUUGCUACAGCCGGAAUGAUAGCAGGUUUUGGCACUACACUUGCAAUGACAAAGAAGAAGAACCCAGACUGGUUCAGUAAGGGGAUUACGGCCACAGCUGCACUACCAGAGAGUGGUUCAUCCCUGGCCUUACGAGCCCUAGGGUGGGGCUCACUCUAUGCAUGGUGUGGAGUUGGAUUGCUGAGUUUUGCCAUCUGGAAGGCUCUGGGUGUGCACAGUAUGAAAGAAUUCCGAAGUAAGAUGCAGUCAAUCUUUCCAGCAAUUCCUAAAAACAGUGAGUCCAGUGUUGAAUGGGAAAACUUACUAAAAUCCAAGUGAAAGACUCAGGGCUAUUUGGAGAUGUCUCUUCCAGCAAGAACAGGAGUGGAAGUAGCAGAGGUGUCCCCUCAGGAAAACAAAGAAGAUUCAGACUGAGCAAGCUACUGACUGAGUGCACUGAACCCAGGAAUGCCAGUUAACAUCCAGGAGCAAGAGAAUUCAAACCAAUUUAUACUGAACUUUUCAGCAUGUUUGGUAUAGUUGAUUAAUGAGAAAAUGAACCCUCCAAAAUAAGUUGGAUUCAACUGAAAAAAAAUAACUUUUUCAAAAACUUAGAGAAGGAACUAAUCUUGACUAGUAAAUACAUGAAUGUAAUCCCAGUAAACUCCUGUCCCAUCCUGCAUUUCAAUAAUUCUAUGAAAUUUCUCUAGGAAAUAAGAGCAGUACUUUCAGUGACUUUACCUGUUAGGCAUACAACCAUCAAGUCAAUCAUAACAGAUCUCUUGCUCAGCCCGAGGGUAAAGCAUAUACUGCACUCUUCAAAAAUAAAGGACAUAUUUGAAUUUGCAACAGAGAAAGUAUCUAAAUCAUUUUUAUAUGUCUGAAGGGUAAGUUUAAAACCCAAUAUGCAAGUAGUAAACUAUGAGCUCCUCUGUAAAGCAUCAGAAGAGAUCUCUUCAAAAUUCACUGUUUUCUCAAUAUUAACUUUUAAAAAAUUGAUCCCACAAUAAUGAAUCUGAUUGUGUAUGUAAAAGCAUCUACUAUAUUUGUAUAUCAAUUGAAAUAGUAAGUGGAAAAGGUAUAAAAUAGUGAGACACCCAGUCAGUCCUACGCAAAUGUUUUCAGCUAAGAAAGUGUAUGGGCAGGACUAAUUUUGUGUUCCAGUCAUUUCUGUGGCUCUUCUACCAGGAGAAGCAAUGUGACAUUUUCCACACUGCAGUAGUCUCAUGAAGUG